UACAACUACACCAUCAUUCGCCACUAAACUGAAAUCAGGUCAUGUUUGUAAACUAUGGCUGGGACUCAUGCUGUUUAGAUAUGUGACGCACAUAUACCUCUUUUAUUUUUCUUAUAAAUAGGAGUAAAUGAUGGAAUUUUAAAUGCCGCGCACAAGGCCUUCGCUUUUUGCACAUGGUCUGGGGUUCUGGACCGAUCGUUCAGCAGUGCAUGAGGCCGCGGCUCAGGGCAGAGCUGUGCAGCUCCAAAAACUGAUUGAGAACGGAGCAUCUGUCAACGUUGUGGCCGUGGACUCAAUUACACCCCUCCAUGAGGCCUGUAUUCAGGGCCAAACACAGUGUGUGAAGCUGCUUCUGGAUGCUGGAGCUCAUGUUGAUGCUCGUAACAUUGACGGCAGCACUCCGUUGUGUGACGCCUGUGCUGCUGGUAGUCUGGAGUGUGUGAAGUUGCUGUUAGAUCAUGGAGCAAUGGUGAAUCCUCCCCUCUUCACCUUCUCACCCCUGCAUGAGGCCUGCAUGGGCGGUAACUCUAAAUGUGUUCAGCUCAUGAUUGAUUAAGGUGCGUUUAUGGAAGCUCAUGACUUUCACUUCGGCACUCCUCUGCAUGUGGCGUGUGCAAGACAACAUCUCCACUGCAUCAAAGUUCUGCUCAG